AGUCACUCAAAAAUAGUCACUAACACUGACUCCUUCAUUCAGUUCCAAAGCCCAGCGUCUUUUCUAUAGACCAGAGAAUCUCCAGCAGUCUCUGCACCAACCUGUUUCCAUCUCCUCAGUGGAAUCAUUUGGAUCCAGGAGUCUAGCACCUCUGGCUUUUCUAGGUGGGUUAGAAUUUGAGGCCUGAAUUCACUGUGUUCGCAUAAAGAGUUUGCGUAAAUUAUGACCUCAUGGAGCAUUUUAUUUCUUCUUGUUUUCCAAAUGUGGUUGGAACACAGAACCUAAAGGUCACAUGAGAGGAAGGAAGAGAAGUGUUGGCGAAAGAUGCCACCCCCCACAUCCGCCUUCCCUCGCUGUUGUGGACGAAACCAGAGAGGGGUCCCUAGAACAGGCUGCAGUAUGAUCCCUGAAUUCCUCUGCCUCCUCUGCUUUGGGCUGUGUGCUGGCCAAGGAAGCAGGACAACUGAUGAGUCCCUUCCCAAGCCCUCCCUCAGGGCCUGGCCCAGCUCGGUGGUGUCUCGCAAGAGUAAUGUGACGCUGCAAUGCUGGACUUCUACCAAGAAUGUCAACUUUGUUCUCAGAAAGGGAAAAGUUCAUUUGCAGUCUGUGCAAUCACGGGCUUCCACAGAGGGCCUGGCUGAAUUUCACCUCACUGGCCUAAACACCGACAAUGCUGGAGAGUAUGCCUGUGAGUACUACAGACGAGGGAGCCCGUACAUACGUUCACAGCCCAGUGACGUCCUCCUACUGCUGGUGACAGGAGAUUUAUCAAAACCUUCCCUCCAAGCCCACCAAAGGGGUGAGGUGACCGCAGGAGACACUGUGACCCUGCAGUGCCAGAGGCCAGACAAUAUUUUCGUGCCUGUAAUGUUCGCUCUACUGAAGGCAGGAGCAGCAGGGCCCAUACAGGUCCAGAGUCCUGCAGGGAAGGAGACGGACUUCUCCUUCCGGACUGUGACAGUCAGUGAUGCGGGGAACUACAGUUGUGUGUACUUUCUGAUGAAGGCUCCUUUCCUGACCUCACAGCCUAGUGAUCAUCUUGAGAUCCGGGUGACAGCUCCCCCAGAUGCCACGUCGGGGGAUUACACCAUGGGCAACCUCAUCCGACUGGGUCUAGCUGCCAUAAUGGUGGUGAUUAUGGGGGCUCUUGUGGUGGAAGCCUGGUGCAGCCAGAAGGAGUCUCCACGUGGAUCCACAUGAAACACCUGAGCGCCUCUCUUGUUCAUGGGCUGCUGUACUGACAUGGGGUUCUCUAAACACCAAACUCUACCAUGGGACUUCUUGUGUUUCUCAACAUGGGCACAGAUGGCAUUUUUGGUGGGAUAUUUCUUCACCAUAUGGGGCCAUCCUGUUCGUUGUGGGAACAUUUAGCACCGUUCCUCUUUCCCAUUAAAGAGCAGUUGAAGCCCCAAAUCACUGUGGAAGAUGAUAACAAGCAAGUACUACUGCACUUUUCCAACACCCCUAGAUAUGGAGGAUGGGAGUGGGGUGGUGUCCCCCCGGCGGAGAGCCCGUGUUUGGGGGCCAGGAGAAAUAUUUCUUCUCUUCCUCCCUUCCUGAUCUCACAUCUGUCCUUCUACACAUAGGCUCCACAGCUGUCCAGGGGGAAUGAUGCGUCCUUGAUCAAGUUAACAGCUUGUGUGAGAUCUGGUUCUCCUCUACCCUGGGACAGGAGGUGCACAUGAGGGAGAUUUGGGAAGCUUGCAGAUGAGAUGUGAUCUCACUCAUUUCCUGACAUUAUCUAAGACCCAACGUGGCCCCUGCAUCUUCUGACAGUAUCAUCUAGGGUAGUGACAGGAGUGACCAGGAACUGUCCCCCACUUUGAAGGCUUCUUGGUGCUCAGGAUGACAUAAAGUAAGAUAGUAUCAUUUGGUUGUUAAAUUAUUUGUGCGUCAAAAUCAAAAUUAAUAAAGUAUAUGGUACCAGCUCACUUUUACUGUUAAUACGAUACAGAAAAGGUGGAAUUUAACCACAAAUUCCAUACCAGUUAAGUGUGAUACAGUGUUCCACAGUGUUUUAGUAAAAGUAAAAGCAUCAUGACAUCCUGGUGUUCCAUUACCUGAGAAAUUUGAGAAUAAAUAUCUUUUACUUAAGUGUGAUCUUGUUUUCUGAAAUCAAAAGCUAAGAACCAGUGGUCUUGAAAAGGAUUUUCUGAACUGUGGGUUUAUGUCUGAGCCAUUGAAAGGCAUCAAAACUGCUCUCAUAAAUCAUCCCUUGCUCUCAGGACCAAGCCCCAAAGCAUCAACAUGCUCCUUUAGGUCAAGAAAGAUUUAGGUCCGCUUCCCUUAAGACUUCUGGUACACAAACAUUGAAUAAAUGCCAAAACCGUUUACAAAAAAUGGUAGCAUUAUUGAAAGCUUAUGUCUCAAUCUAAUUGUGGUACUCUCAAGUUAAUGAUAGGAUUUAUACCCGCAAAUCGAUUCUUAGACCAAUAGGGGCCUUGA